AUGCUACACGGGGGAAUUUGCUCCAAGCUCAAGAAUGUCAGCAGCGCCUCCCCAGCCACCUUCCAGCGGCUCAUGGAUCGGGUGCUGCGGCCCCACUUUGCAUAUGCUGCUGCCUACCUGGAUGGUACGGACGCCUCGGACAGCGGGCUGGGGGCUUUCUUGUCCCAGGAGGUGAUCGGGGGUCGACCGGCCCAUGCUGUACAUGGUGGAAAAAGAUUGCCUCACCAUAAAGUGGGUGGUCAGCACCCUGCGUUAUUAUCUCCUGCAUUAUUAUCUCCGGCCUUCACCCUCUGGUUGGACCAUGCCCCGCUCCAGUGGCUCCACCGGAUAAAGGAUGCCAACGUCCAGAUCACUCGGUGGUAUCUGCCGUUACAGCCCUUAAACUUCAGAGUGGUUCACAGGCCGGGAAACCAGAUGGUCGUGGCGGACUUCCUCUCACACUAUGUGGAACCCCGGCCUGAGUCGCGCAGUGGGGAAGCCCCGGUAGAAGAGACUGAGGAGAAGUUUUUGACCAUGAAUAUGUUACCUUUGCUAGCCUGUCUUUUGCCUCUAACAUCGGCAACAGUUGUUAAAGAUUUUAAUGACAUCGAGAGAUGCAAGGACUCCCUGUAUAUGGGGACACCACCACGCGGAUUCACCGAGACCAAACUGAAGAAGAUCUGCCAACGUUACGAAGAAAAGCCUCGCUUUGUGACCCUGUACGACCCCCAAAUGCGGAUUCCAGUUUACUCAGCUUACACCUUCAAGAAAACAGAGGGAGACAGACGAGUGGACUACCCUUGGAUGUAUGAGCCACAGCUGGCAGAGAUUGAUGGGAAUGGAAACAUGCAGCCCUUCCCCACUGGCUACCAGCACAUGAAGUUUGAGGACAGCCAGGCAGUCCUGGAUGACUUCUCUGAAGUGGUCCUGUAUGAGAGAGGUCACCUGAACCCUGACCAGCACCAGUCCAUGACACACGACCGUGCUGCCACCUACACUCUGACCAACGUGGUCCCGCUGAUACGCGAGUUCAACACUGGGCCUUGGCGUGAGUAUGAGGAGCAGAUCCGCAUCCGCCUGAACAACUUUUGCCGCGGCACGGCUUACAUCGUGACCGGAGUGACCACCAGAGGCCAAAUGAUCCGCCGAAACAACCAGGACCGCAUAGCCAUCCCCGAAGAAGUGUGGUCUGCUUACUGCUGCCCCGACUUCGAUCAAAACGCACCUCACGAUGUUCGCGUCUACUUCCCGAACUACGGAGUCUUUGCCAAGAACGCCAAAGAAGGCAACAGCGUGCACGAGAUGUCGGUCCAGCAACUUGAGAUCCUUCUAAAAAAACACAUGCCUGUUGACCAGAACCUUCAGCUCUUCUAUGACAACUGCGAAUCUCCCUCACCCCUCCCUCUUUACCUCCAAAAUACUAACUAAAGGCUCUGUGUGUGCACGUAGGUUUUUUCUUACAUUCAAGUUAACAUGGAUAAUAGUCUUUCCGUGCAUUGGGGUAAAAAUAUCAGAUAUUGUCAUAAUUCUAUGUAAUGUUAAUUUAAAAUUCCUCUUGCAGCUCAGAUAUUCUUUAGGGUAAAAUAAGAGUUGGUUGUACACCUAAAAACCUUUUUGGAUGAAUUUCUUCUUUCAUUAUUUCUCAUUUACAAUUUUUUUUAAAAAGGAAGCAUUUUUCAGGAGAACUGCUCUGUUGGGAGAGGGAUUAUAAUACUGAUGUGUGGGAGGUUAUUCAAAUUGGCUCAUUUAAUAAAAAAUAUA